ACAUGGUAUAGCAGACACUAGCCACAGCAUAGGAGAACGAGACACGGACCUGUAUAGGUAUAGGCAACACGCUGAUAAGGAAACCUGAGCCAGGGUUGGAGACACGAGAAACGAAAUAGAAGGCAUAUCUAUGCCAGUGGAGAGAGAGAGAGAGAGAGUUCCCCAAAAUGAGCACAGACGUGGAGCCUUCCUGUCCACUCCGAUGUUUCACUGAGACAGAAGACAAUGAAGGCGACAACGUUGAACCCUAUGGCUGUGGGAAGUACAAACCCAAAGCCUUGCAGUGCAUGAACUCCAUCCAGGCACAUGUCAUCUGGCAGUGUGUCUUCAACUUCUGCGAGGGCUUUGUUGUUAACGGCAUCAUCAACGUAGUCAUCGUUGCCUUGGAAACGCGAUAUGCCCUACCCAGCAGCAUGUCGGGCCUCAUCUCAAGUAGCAACGACUUCGGCACAUUCCUCGUCAUCCUUCCCAUCAGCUACUUCGGCGAACAUCGGCACAAACCGAGAUUAAUGGCCAUGGGGAUCGUUGUUAUGGCUCUGGGCAGUCUUCUCUUCGCCCUUCCCCACUUCAUCGGAGGAGAAUACGAGUACACUCUUUCCAAUAACGGGAUGACACACGCGUCGACUAAUCUUUGUCUGCUGAAUUCGUCUCUCUCCGAAUCCUGCUCCGAAACUAUUAGCCAAUCAAAAUCGUCCCCUCUCUACGCCCUGUUUCUGAUUGGCCAAAUGUUGCUAGGAGUGGGAGCGUGCCCCCUGUUUACUAUUGGUUUGACGUACAUUGAUGAAAAUACAACGACGAAGAUGACAUCCUUCUACACAGGGUGGACAUUCUUCGCUGCUGCCGUUGGUGUCGCUGUUGGUUACGUGGUAGGUGGACAGACGCUUAGCAUCUUUGUCGACAUCAACACCGUUGACCCGAGCAGCAUCCCUCUCACGCCAGCUGACCCCCAGUGGGUGGGGGCGUGGUGGAUCGGCGUCCUCGUCACAUUCAUCGCGUUCCUUCUCGUCUCCAUUCCAUUCCUUGGAUACCCGAAAAAACUCCCAGGCUAUGCUGCAUUGCAGCUGAAACGGAAGUCAGAGGCACAUACUGACGGGGCGGAGGAUGUAACAGCCACACCGGGCUUUGGGAAGAACAUCAGAGACUUCCCCACUGCAGUGUUGCUUCUUUUGAAGAACCCCACUUAUGUUCUGACGUGCUUGGGGGCAACUGUAGAAGCGAUGAUUGUGACAGGAUUAGCAACAUUUGGGGCAAAAUUGCUGCAGCAGAAGUUCCACGCUGACAUCACAACCGCUGGUCUCAUUAUGGGUAUCGUGACGGUGCCAGGUGCUGGCGGGGGGAUGAUCCUGGGCGGGUACCUCGUGAAACGCUUGGAUUUAAAAUGUCGGGGUAUUCUGCGCCUGUGUGCCGCGUCCGCCGCUGUGAGUCUCCUGUUGGCUCCUUCCUUCCUGGCAUGGUGUGAAGAUACUCCUCUGUCCGGCAUCACCACGUCGUACCAGGCCGGCAUAGAUAUCCCAGCUGGAGGUCUAACGUCAGACUGCAACUCUGGGUGUGGAUGUACUACCGCUGGGUUCGAACCGUUAUGUGUCAACUCAACCAUCGUAUAUUUCUCGCCAUGCCACGCGGGAUGUACCUCAUAUACAACGCUGAAUGGAACAAAGAUUUAUGAGAACUGUUCUUGUUUUGACAAGAAACUACCCAGUCACCGUACCCUGAACAGUUCCAUGGCCACCCGGGAUACUGUGACCAUGCAGUGGGUUCGACCAGGGACAUGCGCAGAGAGUUGUUUUUGGCUCUACGUGUUCUCGGUGUUGUUUUUCUUCAUCAUGUUGUUCACCUUCUCCACGAUGGCGCCCACGGUCUCCGCGCUUUUCAGGUGUGUACCUCACAAGCAGCGUUCACUUGGCCUGGGCCUCCAACUGCUGAUAGCGCGGCUAAUAGGCACCACCCCGGGGCCAGUGUUGCUGGGAGCUAUCCUGGACAGUACCUGUGAGGUGUGGCAGCAGUCGUGUGGGGAGAGGGGGUCGUGCUGGGUCUACAGCAACAACGCCAUGGCGUACCGGGUGCUGGCCUGGUGGGCGGGGCUUAAGGUCCUCAGCAUCAUAUUCUAUGGGCUCGCAUCUAAAGUGUACAAAGCGCCACUUGAUGAAAUAAAAAGAUAAAAAAA